CACGCCAAGCCGGGUCCAAACAGGUCGUUUGAAUGUGCGAACUCGGGACUAACGCAAGUCCUUUUUUCCCCUGCCAGAAAUCGGGGGCUCCGCCUGGACGGGAAGGGCGCCCAAUGGAGAGGAAGGGCCGGGGCAGUUCCAAGUUUCAAAAGGCACAGAAACCACAUAAAGAAUGUAUGGGCCGUCAGCCGAUACCUUGUCACCCCAACAGAAAUUCGGGGCAAAGUGGCAGUUGUCGGAUUUUAUAUCGUGUGAUGUAUACUUGGAACCGAGGUGGAAGGUUGAAAGAACUUCGCAUUAGGCACCUGGCAAGGAAAUUUUUUUACCUGUGGAAGAGGAAGACAUUUGGAAGAGUCCUGCCAUCCAAGGCCAGGGCUUAUUUUGUUCAGAAAAUGCUGCAGAAAACCUUUGGAGAGUGGAAGGAGGAAUGGUGGGUCCUUUGCAGAGAAUGGAAACUUACCGUCAGAGCCGACUGCCAUUACAGGUCUGUCCCCACGGCUCCAGAAUGUGGGCUGUGGAGACCCACAGAGGCCGGGCUGCUCUCUCAGGCGUCUCACGCUGCUGUGCUCUUCCACAGGGAGACAUGGACCAGGCAAGUCUUUGCGCAGUGGCUGUUGAGGCAGCGUGAGCAACGGGACGGACGGGCGGCAGAGAAGGUGGCAACGUGGUAUGCUGAACGGCGGGUUUUGUCCCAGUUCUGGGGCCGGUGGCACAGGGCCACCCUGGCCUGUCUGGAAGAGCGAGAGGGCAUCGCCUUGGCCAGCGGGCAUCACCGGCGGCAGCUCCUUCGGUCCACUUUGUACCUCUGGAGGGAGAACAUCUGGGAAGUGAAGAGAGGGCAGGCGAAGGAGGCAGCGGCCUGGCACUCCCAUUCUGAGAAGCUCCUCCGGCGUUCGUGGAGGAAGUGGCGGCAGUACCAGAUGCAGAAGACUGAGAAGUGGAAGAAGACGGCCCAAGCCGAGGGGCACUACCAACAGUCCUUGCUGGGCAGGGUCAUGGCAGCUUGGAAGGCAUACCAAAAGAACAUUCAGUGCCUCCUUCACCAGGUGGCCCAGAAGGAGAGAGACCACAAUCGGGAGCUGCUGCGGCAGGUGGUGCGAUCCUGGAAGGAAAACACAGCUGAGCUCAGGCAGGAAGCAAAGGCGGCCAGGCUGGCUGGGCAUCAUUACAGACGAGUCUGUCUCUCCAAGGUGUUGUCCCAGUGGAGGGAAGCAGCUGCACUGCGUGCCAAUCACCGAGAAAAGGUGGCUGUGGCGGUGAAGGAUGCCCAGAGGCAGUUGCAGACAGGGAGGCUACGGGGGCUAUUUCUCCGCUGGAGGGAGGCCUCUGCCAGCUCUUCCCAGCAGAAGGGGCAGCUCACCGUGGCGGCCGAGCACCACCGGAGGCAGCUGCUCAGCUGGUGCCUGGAGAAGUGGAAGCAAGAUCAUCUCGGCCGCAUCAGAGCCAUGCUCCUGCAGAGACAAGGGGAGCAGCUACUGGCCCGGAGACUUUCUGCAGCCGCCUUUGCCUUCUGGAAGGGGAAGCUGGCGGACAGACGGCGAGAGCGGCAGCAGACGGUGCAGGCCCUCUGGCACUGGUCCCGGAGCCUCCAGCGGAAGGUGCUGGGCGCCUGGGGACGCUCCGUGCAGGAGCAGCUGCGGAAGAAGGGCCGGAUGGCACGGGCAGCCGAGAGCUAUCAGGCGGAGCUGCUGCGCGAGGGCAUCUGCCGCAUCCUGAGAUACGUUGCCUCCAUGAAGCAGCAGCGAGGGUGCUUGCAGGCCCAGCAACAGCUGCAGGCUGCCUGUCGGCGUCACCAGUUGGUCUACCGCUGUGCCAUGAUGUGGAAGCAGAAGGCUCUUUCCCGGAAGCCCAGCCUGGCCUGUUCGGGCGCUCCCACCAAGAAGCACGUGACUUUCGAGGUGCCAAGGCCGGGCCACGUCCCUCCUGGCAUCCCCACGGGACAGGCCAACCUUCCCGGUGUGCCAAGGGAUUACCAGGCUGCUGGAGAUUCCAUCUUCACAGAUUUGUAUGCCGCUCGCCAGGCGAGGCUGCAGCCUCGUCGACCUGAUUUCCUGACACCAUUUCCUGAGAAAAGGGGGCUACCGCAUCCAGGGAAGUGGCUGGAAAGCUCAGCUGGUCUUCCUCAGCCAGCGGCGGCAGGCCCCCACUUGUCUGCCCUCCCCAGCAUCGACCCUUCACCGCCCCCGUUCAGUAGCUGUGGUUACUCCUCUUGUUCCUUCCCCAAAUCUGGGCCCCCCAGGACUUCUUGGCUGCACGGUGCUGCCCCAGAGCUGCGGACCCCCUCCUCCUUCAUGCCGGGGGCGAAGAGGACAAGCGUUGAGACGCCCUCCCUCCCCCCUCUGGCUGCAGCCCCCGGCAGGGAGAGGCCAGCCGUGGUCUCCAGGGGGCCUUUGCUGGCCCCCGAAGAUUUUACGCGAGGGAGUCGUCCUCCUCUUUGCGGAAAAGCAGAAACCAAGCGAGGAAAGACUGAAAUUCAGCAGCUGCAGGAGGAGCUGCAACGCAUUGGGCAGAAGAUGCACUAUUACUACAGCCAGCAGCAGGAACUGAAGUGCGUAGCGCAAGCGCCUUUCCCUUCCAAUCCAGGGGUCAGUUUCUGCUUUGCAGCUUGUAGAAGAAGAUUCCUCACGUUUCUGGGUUUGGUUUGGUUUUGGUUGCAGCUGAAGGUGCAGAUCGCCUCCCUUGUAAGCACGUUGGAAGAAGAGCGGCAGCUGAUGGAGAAAUAUGCGAGCCGCAUCCAGGACAUCAGAGCUGCUCUGAAGACCUGGACAAUGGCACCUCCACCCGCCGUCUAGGGGACUGCGCAGCAGAGGACUGGCUCUCCGUCUUUCCUUCGGCCUGGCCGGAGAAGCUGCGCCCACAUCAUCGGCUUAGAUAGGCCCUCAGAGGACCCUCAAACUGAACCACCCCAGGAAAGAAAGAAAGAAAGAAAGAAAGAGGGGGCUUGCUUUUAAGAACGCAUCUUGUAGAGCAUUUUUCCAAAAUUAAAACACGUUAAAAGUCAAA